CGUCAUACCCCGCUCGAGUUUCAGCUACAUUCUUCAGACUCCCACCCACUCUAUAUAGAUACAUCUCUAUUCAUCUCCAUCUCCAUUCAUCUCCAUCUACGAUAUACACUACAAUGCCUCGCGUCCUCCUCCUCGGCGGCCACGGCAAUGUCGCCAUGGCGAUGACCCCGCUGUUCCUCGCCCGCUCCUGGUCUGUGACCAGCGUGAUCCGCAACCCAGAACAUGAAAACGAAAUCCUAGCCCUCGCCAAAGGACAGCCUGGUCAUCUGGAUGUUUUGCUGAGUAGUCUUGACGACGUACGUUGCGAGGCAGACGCACAGGCUAUCCUAGAUACUGUUUCGCCGGAUUAUGUUGUUUGGGCGGCAGGAGCCGGAGGAAAAGGAUCCCCCGAUCGAACAAUAGCCAUCGACCAGAACGCGGCCAAGUUCUUCAUCAGCACGGCAUUUGCCUCGAAGAAAGUCUCCAAGAUCCUUCUCAUCUCGCAUCUUGGCAGUCGGAGGUGCCAGCCUUCCUGGAUGUCCGAUGGGGACUGGGGACGUAUACGGUACUUCAACGAGGCGGUGCUUCCAGUUUAUUACCGCGCGAAACUAGAAGCAGACGAGUACAUGACUGCUCUUGCUAGAAAGAAGCAAGCUACCAGUGGCAGCUUCCAGUCUAUCCUGCUGCGGCCUGGGUUACUGGCUGACGGACCGGCAACGCGAGAGGUGCAGCUAGGCAAGACUCGCGCAGAGGGAAGCGUUACCCGCGAGGAUGUCGCCAUCGUGGCGGAUAAGUUGUUGGCCAGGGAGGACACGCAUGGCUGGUACGAUUUGUUAAACGGGGAGGAACCGGUCGAUGAGGCGGUAGAGCGCGUUGUCAGGGAUAAGGUUGAUGCUGUCGACGGUGAGGAUGUCGAUGCCAUGGUGGCGAGGUUUAAUUAA